UCAGCUUUCAUUUAAAAUCCAGAAAAAAAAAACAAAACCAAUUCCAUCUCACCAUGAACUUUAACAUGAUCUUUGUAUUUGUCGCCCUCAUCCUGGCCAUCAGCUUGGGACAGUCCGAGGCUGGUUUGUUUGGUAAGAUUGGCGAGACAUUUGAUCUCAUUCCCGAAAGCAUUUUGAAUAUCAAAACCCAGGUCCUCUCAGGUGGCCAGAAGGAAGUUGCUAAUGUGGCAGCCACAGCCCGCGUUUAAAGUCGAAAAGUCGAACAUUAUAGGGCUCCAGCACCUGAUCAGACUGCCCUAGUUAUUUCAUUUUUAUAAAAUCAAAAAAUUUAAGCAAAUAAAACAAGCAAAAAUAUUUCUGUA